CGAUCAGCUGAUACGAGCAGAUGUAUCGUCUUGUUGAUUAGUCUUAUUUGAAAUUCUAAGUCAACUAGUUCGGUUUUUAUCGCUCCCCGAAUAUCCGGAUCGAAUAAUUCCAUUCAAAAUGACACUCAAUUUGGACGAAAUCUAUGAGCACGUCCUCGGUUUGGUUGAACAGGCUGGAGUGAUUAUUGCAUCGAGGAAUUAUGGCGAGAAAACGGUGGUGGAAAAGUCAAGUAACAUCGAUUUGCUAACAGAGACGGAUCAACAAGUCGAACAACUACUCAUGGAUGGCAUUACUGACAAAUAUCCUGACCACAAAUUCAUUGGAGAAGAGGAAACCAGUGCUGGAAAGAAAGCAGAGCUGACCGACGAUCCAACCUGGAUCAUCGACCCAGUCGAUGGAACCAUGAAUUUUGUCCACAGCUUUCCGCAUUCUUGCAUCUCGAUAGCGCUCCUUGUCAAUAAGCAAGCAGAAAUUGGAAUCAUCUACAAUCCAGUGCUGAAUCAGAAGUUUACGGCACGCCGUGGCAAGGGAGCAUUUAUGAAUGGCAAAACCAUAAAGGUGUCAGGCGAGACGCGAUUAGAACAUGCUUUGGUGGCGACUGAGUUCGGAACCAGCCGCGAUGAGGAAAGAACGACUGUUGUGUUGGAAAACAUCGGGAAGUUAGUUCGAGUUGUUCACGGGUUGCGGAGCUUGGGAUCCGCUGCACUGAAUAUGGCUAUGGUUGCACUGGGCGGGGCCGACGUCAACUAUGAAUGUGGAAUACAUGCCUGGGACAUCGCCGCAGGGGAUUUGAUAGUCCGGGAAGCAGGAGGCGUUUGUUUGGACCCGGCCGGUGGUCCUCUUGAUUUGAUGUCCCGUCGGGUGCUUUGCGCCAGUUCUCAGGAGCUGGCGGAUAAAGUGGUUCCAGUGUUGACGCAGUAUUAUCCACAGCCAAGAGACUAAGGAAACAGUUUAAACAAUGUGCCAAUAGUCAUCCAUAAUAAAACAAAAGCUAACAAAUAGAAAAAUAUGUUGAAAUUCACACGAACUAUAAUAAUGCAUUUCAACGACUUAUACCUCAAUGUAUGUAAUUUCUAUUGUAUGUUGACACUAAUCGAAUGAAUUUCAAGUGGAUUUGCUGGAAAAGAACCGUGUCCGCCCGGAAUAAUACAAUGUUCGGCUCUGAUUAGUUUUUAUAUUUGUCUUCUGUACAGUGCCCAGGAUAUACAUAAAUUAUUGGGCAUAGUAAUUGUAAUUGUAAUUUUAUUGAGUAAUCUGUCAAUGUAUUAUCAUUUUCUUUUUUUCACAUCCUAAGAAUUAUCUGCACAUUUUUAUUUUAAUAACUGUACCUUAUAGUAGAAAUACAAAUAUAAUAUGUACAAAAUA